GAUUUGACUACAGCCUUCAUUGAACCGGAUGUAUCCUGUUACUUGUCCGGAAGAAACAAGCAUUGCAGCAACUUUGCUUCCGCAUCCAAAGGAACGACAAGGCGUCAGCAGAGAACAGUUCUCUGAGCGUUAGAGAUGAGCUCCGAAAUGACAAUGUUAGCCAGAUAGCUUACUACUUUGAUUUAGUCGGCUGCGCGUAUUCCUGCAUGUCACCUAUUAGCAUUAACUUAGCGGUUCUAUUGCAGUUGCUAUGCAUUUAGUCCAAUAAUUGGUUGGUGACAAUUAAAGGCAAUUAACAUGUGCUGUGCAGUGUAUUGCUGCUUGUUAGCUCGAUCAUGCGAAGCUUUAUGUUAUAGCUAAUGUUGUGAGCAACAUUAACGUUUGGCAUCUAAGUUGUCGCUCACACUAGUUGUCUAACGUUUGACUCAUUUUAUUUUGGUAGAUACAUUUGUUUUGAAAUGUUCGCCCCAGGUCGUUUGAAAUUGUUUAGCUUGUAUAUGGCAUAGUAUCAACGACAGAAGCUUGUGGUACAGCUAUUUAGCUGUAAGUUAAAUUAGGACCUUUGAAUACUAAAAGUAAAUGCUGGAGGUUGAAAUAGAUUCAUUUGUUGCUAGUUUUUUAAACGUUUAUAACUGAUUGGGUCAUACCGCCAAUAUUUGACAGCGCUAGUACGAUAGGAAGAGGGUUUGCAAGUAACGUAGCUGUGUCAGUCAGCUGUUCCCGCACGCUGUACUGUCGCCCAUCUGUCCCUAUGGCACACAGCAGCAGACGAGAUGCCCCCGAGCCACCUGAUUUUUCUCUUCUCAAGAGACUGGCAAAGGACCAGCUCAUCUAUCUCCUGGAACAGCUCCCUGGGAGGAAGGAUCUGUUUAUUGAGGCAGAUUUAAUGAGUCCUCUGGAUCGCAUUGCUAAUGUCACUGCUCUCAAGCAACAUGAAGUGGACAAACUGUAUAAAGUGGAACACAAACCAAUUGUCAGCAUGUGUGAUCAACUGUGCUUUCUGAUUCGGCCCCGAAUACAAACUGUGAAGUGGGUUGCUGAUAUUGUCAAUGCGGACAAGGCAGCCGGGAAAUUCAGGAGAUAUAAGAUCAUAUUUAGUCCACGGAAGUUCUACGUAUGUGAGGCGAUUUUGGAGGAGCAGGGCGUCUAUGGUGAUGUGAGCACUGAUGAAUGGGAUUUCUACCUUCUGCCUCUGGAUGAUGACAUCAUUAGCCUUGAGCUUCCUGAAUUCUUCAGAGAUACUUUUCUGGAGGGUGACCAACGCUGGAUGACGACAGCAGGCAGUGCACUUCACCUCCUGCAUUCUCUCUAUGGUCCUUUCUCAAAGGCUUAUGGGAUUGGCCGUUCGGCUAAGAUGACAUAUGCACUGUGGAGGGAGCUAGUGGAGGAGGGAGAGCAGAGAGCUCGAAAACCUGAUAUUGGGACUGUCUUUCUCAUUGAUCGAGAUGUUGAUUUUGUCACUCCACUCUGCUCUCAAGUUGUUUACGAAGGCCUAGUGGAUGAUAUCUUCAGGAUUAAGUGUGGAAGUGCGGAGUUUGGUCCUGAUGUCACAUCCUCUGACAAGAGUGUGAAGGUGAUGCUAAACUCUCAAGACAAGGUAUUCAAUGAGAUCAGGAAUGAGCAUUUCUCUAAUGUCUUUGGCUUCUUGAGUCAGAAGGCCAGGAACCUGCAGACUGCAUAUGAUAAGCGGAAAGGGAUGGACAUCAAACAGAUGAAAACUUUUGUCUCAGAAGAACUGAAAGGGUUAAAACAAGAGCAUCGCCUGCUCAGCCUGCAUAUUGGUGCAAGUGAGUCAAUGAUGAAGAAGAAAACAAAACAAGACUUUCAGGAGCUUUUAAAGACAGAGCACUCUUUGCUGGAGGGUUUUGAAAUUCGAGAGUGCAUUGCCUACGUAGAGGAACACAUAAACAGACAGGUCUCAAUGAUUGAUAGUCUUCGACUUCUCUGCUUGUUGUCUCUCACAGAAAAUGGACUUCUUCCAAAAGAUUAUCGGUCUCUGAAAGCUCAGUACCUUCAGAGUUACGGUAUUGAGCACCUAUUAACGUUUGCCAACCUGCGGCAGCUGGGGCUGCUGGUGGAGCAGCAGCCAGGGGAGACGCUCACUGUCAUGGAAAGCAAAGUGGGCAAACUGGUCAAUGACAAGACUGCAGGAAAGUUGACUGAUGCCUUCUCAUCACUGGCAAAGAAAAGCAAUUUCCGAGCGCUGAGCAAGAGGCUUGCCCUAGUCCCAAAGUCAGGGGAGGAGUAUGACCUCCGUAUCCCCAGAGACAUGGCCUACAUCUUCAGUGGAGCCUAUAUCCCCCUCAGCUGCAGACUAAUAGAGCAGGUCUUAGAGCGGGAUGGCUGGACUGGGUUGGAGGAAGUUACACGCAUGCUCAAUGGCAAUGAGUUUGCAGUGACAGCGGGCAACAGUGGAAGCGAAAGCAGGCUCAAGACCGACGCCCAGCGCAUUAUCCUUGUGAUGUUCCUUGGAGGCUGCAGCUAUUCCGAAAUCUCAGCACUACGUUUUCUGGGCAGAGAAAGGGGGUUUAAAUUUAUUGUGGUAACAACUGCCAUUUUAAACAGUGCCAGAAUGCUGGAAGCUAUGUUGGACAGCCAUGUGUGAAUCCUAAUUCCUUCCUCAAAGGCCAGUAGGAAGAUCCAGGUACAAGACUGUCUUCCAUCAACAAGCUGUAAAACCACAAAGA